CUGCUGUCAGGCGGUGUGCUCCAUACGCUUUCUGUCGGAGAAGCACACACUGAGUGAUGCGCAACCAGCCAGCACCAUCCCUCGCAAAUCUGAAAAGGAGGUGACUUGAUCAGCAUAUGACAUUCUCCAGGUCAUCGCCUGGAGCAAUCAGUGGAGCUGCUCUGCCUACCUACAGAUACUAGGUCAAACCAAUAACAAUGCAUGUCCUUUAAGCAGCCAGUCAUGGCUCAUAGGAAGAGGCCAGGAACCAGUGGAGGAAACGGUAUGGCUGCUCCAAGCCUUGCCCCCUGUUCCAACCCUCAUCCUACAGAGUCAUGUGAACGCAAAGUUCUCCCUUCUCGGCAACGUCCAGUCCGCUACCCCAAAGAAUCACAUGAUCCGAAGCCCCUUCCCCGGUCCUGUAAGGCACAAUAUUCCUCUCCAAAGUCUCAAAGAGUCAGUCACAACCAUCCAGAAGCAGAUGUAGUCACAGAGGGGGAUGUGAAUCUGUACAGCAACCAAGUGGAUGCAGAUCUGGAGGACCAGCGGCCAGCAACGCCCUCCACACCAGAACAUGACCGUGACCAAGAUGAGCAUGACAGGGCAGACUUCCACGAUGGAGCUGACAGCCUGGAUGACGACUCCAGCUCUGACUACAUUAAUAACACUUCAGAUGAUGAGGAAGACUACGAUGAUGGUCUGGCAGAGGAGGAUGAAGGUACAACUUACUACAUCCGCUACUGCCCCGAGGAUGACAGCUACAUGGAGGGCAUGGACUGCAGCAGCCAGGGAGACUGUAACCACGGACACAGCCACAACCAAGGAGACUGCAACGACAGCAUGCAGCAGAGAGGAGCACACCGUGAUGAAAUCCAGGAGGGUGAGGAAGGAUGGGCAGAGGAGGGAGAGGUUGAGGGGGAGUGGAGAGAAGGGGAAGAAGAGGGGAGGGAGGAGUGGAGAGAAGGGGAAGAAGAGGAGAGGGAGGAGUGGAGAGAAGGGGAAGAGGAGGGAAGGGAGGAGUGGAGAGAAGGGGAGGAAGAGGGGAGGGAGGAGUGGAGAGAGGGAGACGAAGAAGGGAGGGAGGAGUGGAGAGAAGGGGAAGAGGAGGGAAGGGAGGAUUGGAGAGAGGAGGAAGAGGUUAGAGAGGAGUGGAGAGAGGGAGAUGAGGCCAAAGAGGAGUGGAAAGAUGAGGGCCAUGUCAGGCAGGAGCAGUGGGUUGGAAGGGAGAGGCACAGGGUGGAGGAGUGGGGGGAGGGAGAAGGGGAGGUUCGUUGUGAGGUGGUGGAACAAGAUCCAGAUGAACAGAUUUACAACGGUCGACCUGAACCCAUUCUGGACCACCACCACCACCAUCACCACCACCCUCCCCCACUGCAAGACACCCGAGAGGAUGAUGAGGAAGAGAGUGAGGAGUACUGCCCAAAUGAGGAGGAAGAUGAAGAGGGAGAUGAGGAGGAGAGACAUGGAAAAGCCUACACAGGAGACUACUAUGCCCCAGAGGACAAUGGGAACUCAGUGAGGGUCUCUCCAUACCGCAGCCGUAAGGUGCUUGUGGUGGAGGGUGAGACGGGGGAAGAGGCCGAGGAGGACAUUGACCAAAUAGUUGCAGAGAUCAAGAUGAGUAUGAGCAUGGGGAGUCUGAGCAGUGGCACUGACCAAAGCCCAGAGGAGCUGGCUCAGGACCCUGCGCCGAGUGACUACUCUAACCCUAAACCUGAUCCCACACCUUAUCCACCCGCUCACCAUCGCCAUGACAGCAGGCCCAAGUCCCUGAACCUGCCCUCCAUCCACCACAACACCCCAGACCUCCAGAGGAGCAUUAAGGCACACCCACGCUCCCCUGAAGACAGGCAGAGAUGGCAGCAGGAACAGGUGAGCAACGGAGCAGAGCAACCCAGAAAACAACAGCGCUCCGACCUCAAUGUCCCCCUGGAGAACAACAAUGUACCAGAGCCAACAAAGAAGGUUGCAUCAUUCCCGAGCUUUGUUGAUGUCCCAGGACCCUGUGAGCCAGAAGACCUGAUUGAUGGGAUUAUCUUUGCUGCUAACUACCUGGGCUCCACUCAGCUGCUGUCUGAGAGGAACCCCUCCAAGAACAUACGCAUGAUGCAGGCUCAGGAGGCUGUGAGCCGGGUCAAGAGGGUACAGAAGGCUGCCAAAAUCAAGAAAAAGGCGAAUGCAGAUGGAGAUGCUACAACCCUCACCGAGGUUGAUCUGUUCAUCUCCACCCAGAGGAUCAAAGUCCUCAACGCAGACUCACAGGAGACGAUGAUGGACAACGCGCUCCGCACUAUUUCCUACAUUGCUGACAUUGGGAACAUUGUGGUGCUGAUGGCGAGACGCAGGAUGCCACGCACGGCCUCACAGGACUGUAUCGAAACCACGCCGGGGGCACCAGAGGCAAAGAAGCAGUACAAGAUGAUAUGCCACGUCUUUGAAUCUGAAGAUGCUCAGCUCAUCGCUCAGUCCAUUGGCCAGGCAUUCAGUGUUGCUUAUCAGGAGUUUCUGAGAGCCAAUGGCAUCAACCCUGAGGACCUAAGCCAGAAGGAGUACAGUGACAUCAUCAACACCCAGGAGAUGUACAAUGACGACCUCAUUCACUUUUCCAACUCCGAAAACUGCAAAGAGCUGCAGCUGGAGAAGAGUAAAGGGGAGAUCCUGGGCGUGGUGAUUGUGGAGUCCGGCUGGGGCUCCAUCCUGCCCACAGUUAUCCUGGCAAACAUGAUGAACGGCGGGCCAGCCGCUCGAUCCGGCAAGCUCAGCAUCGGAGACCAAAUCAUGUCCAUCAACAACACUAGCCUUGUGGGGCUGCCACUCGCCACCUGUCAGGGAAUCAUUAAGGGCUUGAAGAACCAGGUUCAGGUGAAAAUGAAUAUCGUCAGCUGUCCUCCUGUUACCACUGUCCUCAUCAAGAGACCAGAUCUGAAGUACCAGCUCGGCUUCAGUGUCCAGAAUGGCAUUAUAUGCAGCCUCAUGAGAGGAGGCAUUGCCGAGCGGGGAGGAGUCCGAGUGGGUCACAGGAUCAUAGAGAUCAAUGGGCAGAGUGUGGUGGCCACAGCACAUGAGAAGAUCGUCCAAGCCCUCUCGAACUCUGUUGGAGAGAUACACAUGAAGACGAUGCCAGCGGCCAUGUUCAGACUUCUAACAGGACAGGAGACACCCAUGUACAUAUAAACAAUGGCCAGGGACCGUUCAACAGGACGAGCUGUCAGCCAGCAGUGAUUGGUUAUCUCAUGGGGCAAACCCAGCUGAUGAGGAGAACAUCACGUCUCCUCGCUGAUUCAUUUGUCUUUCUUUUCUUUGAGCUGAUGAAUUCUUAAUCAUCUCUUCCCUUGUCUGUGCUUAACAUGCAACAGCCAUUUUAUUGACAUGAGAUUUUCCAUCUGACCAGCUGAAGAGACUCUGUAUGUGUGUGUGAGUGAGUGUGUGUUAUUUAUUUGUCCUGUCUGUGCUUUUCUGUGUCAACUCUGUGAGACUGAGUGGACAGACUUAUCGAGUGAAUGCAUCACAAUUUAUUUUUUUAAAUUCAUGUAAUGCAAUAUGAUACUUCUACUAUACUUCUUGUAUAGUUUCAUUUUCUUUUCUGUUUAUUUAUUUCUCAUGUAAAUACAUAUUUUGCUAAUACUGAAGGCAGUGAGGAGGGAGGGGCCACGGCUGCAUUGUAAAUAUUUAUGAAUCUUUGCUGUUGAAAUGAAAGCAGUCCUCGAUGAUGGCAAAAACACAAUUUAUUGCCGGAUGUCGUAGUCGUUGCCAGUGAAAAGGCGAAUGAGUUAAGUGUUUGAAAUGUUGGGUUUAAAUAUGCUAACUUGAUCAAAUGUAAAUGUGAAUCAAACCAAUGCUUGCAGCAGGGGUUUAUGGGAAAAAAACGCCAUAUCCGUUUGAUUUUCUUCAUUUUAUGGCAAUACACAAGAUCAACCUCUGAAUGGCAAGAAAGGUCUUUUCUAAACUUCAUGUAAAAACACUCGCACACAUUUAAAUAACAAGCAACUGAACAAAACUAUUGACAUGCAUUAAUUAUGCUUUUGAUAUCAAAGUCACAUGUAUGAAAAUUUUUUUUUUCCAUGCUUCUCUACUGUAUGUUCAUCUUUAGUGUUCCUGACUGAAACUCAUGCAUACUAUGAGUGGAUUGUGAAUGUAACUGUGUCAUGUGAGCUGUCCCAUUGCCAUAAGCAGUAUUAGAAUGUGUGUACAUAAAGAGAAACUUGUCUAGUAUCGUGCUCAUAUUAAAUGAAACAAACACACGCAGGUUUAGUCACUGGAAACAUCUCCACACCUGUAUGUUGGCUUUCAGUCUUCAGAGGGAAAGAGAGAACUGUGAAUCACAAAUGCACUGUGACAGAAACGAGCAUUACCACCAGGUAAUCCUUCUACAAUGCAUUGUAGUAAACUGAACCAUAUAAACAUAAUAUGUGUGCAUGCCUCGUAAAGUAGUUUCAUGUCAUUGUGGAAAGAAAUAAAAUCGGAGCUAAACCUGAGUGUUUUUGUUGGGCUGGGAUUAAGAAAACAUUUGAUUUGACACUGCUGGAGGUUGAUUUUAUAUAAUAUACUCUCAAAAUGACCCUACUUGUUCUUCAUGUAGGCUCCUAUCUGCCUGGUAAAAAAUAGAUGAAACAGGAUACUGCACAAAAUGACCAAAAACU